CAGAACCAGUUUGUCUGUGCAGGCUCGCCGUACUUGUUGGCAGUGGGGGGGCUGCACAUUCCAAAAUGGCGGCGCCCUUGAAGCUGCUCUGUAUAACAGCCUUAAGGCAGACUGUGCGGCCAUUUUCAUCUACGUGUGCAGUUCAUGCAGGGAAGAAAUGGAGACUGGAAAAUGGAUUGGCCUGGACUGGAUCAGAGUACGGUCCGUUAACAGAUUUGCCUGACUGGUCAUUUGCUGAUGGCAGACCUGCACCUCCACUGAAAGGACAAGUCAGGAGGCAGAAGCAAAGGGAAGACUUUGCAAGGCGAGCAGUGAACCUCAGCGCUGAAGUGGACGAGGGGAUAAGGACAUGGAGGGCAGAAAAGGAGGAGCAGGAGAGAGCAAGAGAGCAGCUAAAAUCUUCUAUGUUUAAACCUAAAGGAAAACUGUUAUUAAAGAACAAAAACAAAUAAACAGCCAAAAAAAUGUUUGUCAAUCUAUAUAUUUUAAUUUCAAUGAAAGUGUGAAGUAAUAUUUUGAUUGAAAGCUCUGAUUAAGGUGCCUGAUGUGGAAGUCAAUUCAUGUUUGAAAAUGAUUCCUCAUGCUCCCGGAAACACUUUUUCAGUAUUUAAGACGCUGAAUAAGGGCGCACCAUCAGGGAAGAAAAGUUGUAUUGAUAUGAUAUCCUAGUGAUUCAGUACAUUAGGGGUGUCGGCUGACUUUAUUUUAUUGCCACAUAUUUCUGCAAUUAAUUGCACAAAAAUUAAACCUGUGCAAUUAUUGAAUUGUACAUGGCUGCAAUUUAUUGCAGAUAAUAUACUCAUUGUUGCAGAUUUAUUUAAAGCUUGUCAGUAAUUUUAGUAUUUGUUGAUUUAAAAAAUUUUUUUU